ACGAACUGGGAGGAGUUUUAAAGGCACACGCUCUCUCUUCAGAGGUCGGUGUGACCGGUCGGGCUGUAAGGAUUUUAAAGCGCUUUAACAUGUUGUCCAUAGCCGCUCGUUCGGGGGCUUUGUCCCCUUACCUGCAGGCGCCCAUGAAAGCUUUACUCCCCGCAGUAGGAAACACUGGAGACGUGCUGAAGAAGUCUGCUCGUCCGGCUUCUCUGAACGGUCAUUUUGAAGCACGCCUUGCUCAUACUGACAUCAAAAUUCCUGACUUCUCUGAUUAUCGCCGUGGUGAGGUCAUGGAUCCAAAGAAGUCCUCCCAGGACAGUGGUGAGGCUCGGAAGGUCUUUUCUUACCUGGUGACUGGAUCCACCGCUGUGCUGGGCGUCUACACUGCCAAAACUGUGGUGUCCCAGUUCAUUUCUUCAAUGAGUGCAUCUGCUGACGUCCUGGCCUUGUCAAAAAUCGAGAUCAAGUUGUCCGAUAUUCCAGAAGGGAAAAACAUGACGUUCAAGUGGAGAGGUAAGCCUCUCUUUGUCCGCCACAGAACAGAGAAGGAGAUCACAGCUGAGGAGAGCGUAGACCUUUCAGAGCUUCGGGAUCCCCAACAUGACAAAGAUCGUGUCGCCAACCCCACAUGGGUUAUCGUCAUUGGUGUGUGCACGCACCUUGGUUGUGUCCCAAUCGCAAAUGCUGGCGACUACGGUGGGUACUACUGCCCCUGCCAUGGGUCGCAUUAUGAUGCCUCGGGGAGGAUCAGAAAAGGACCUGCACCCCUCAACCUGGAGGUGCCUUAUUAUGAAUUUCCUGAUGAGGAUACUGUAAUUGUUGGAUGAAUGGACAUUUCAUCUAAAUGCUUUUAUUUGUCUUACAAUAUCUGUAAUAAAUACAUAUUUUAAAACAAG